AAAUUAAACACCCAAUUAUAUGGACCAUUCACAAUACUAAUGAUGUCAACUAGUUGUGCAACAGAAAUUUGGCCUGAUAGAGGAUUACAUCAAUUGAGAAAGGUUCUUAAUGAAAAAAUCAAAAGAAUAAGAUAUGAUAUAACUGAAAUAUUAAUUGAUUGGUGUAAGCUAUCUGCAAAAAAUGACAAUCAACCAACAUAUCAAACGGAUCUUAUUUUAUCAAAUAUUUAUUAUUUACAAGGCUCUCCAUUGAAAUCACUGAG